CGACCGACCAUUUCUUUUCCCCUCUACUCACCACUCUGCUCCUCGCACUCUAGACAGCGCUCGCGCACUCUCGGUUCUACAUCCCCUCCCCCGCCCCCACCCCUCGCUACAUUCAAAAUGGCCAAGAAGGAGAAGAUCCCACUUUCCACCCACCUGCUCGCCGGUGGCACCGCCGGUCUCGCCGAGGCGCUCGUGUGCCACCCCCUUGACACCAUCAAGGUCCGCAUGCAGCUCUCGCGCGGGCGCAAGGGCACAGCCAACAAGCCCCUCGGCUUCUUCGCGACCGGCAAGCAGAUUGUUGCUCGCGAGACCCCCCUCGGCCUGUACAAGGGUCUCGGUGCCGUCGUCACGGGUAUCGUGCCCAAGAUGGCUAUCCGUUUCGCCUCGUUCGAGAUGUACAAGGGCUGGCUUAUGGACGCCGACGGCAAGCUCUCCCCGUCCCAGAUCUUCCUCGCUGGUCUCGGUGCCGGUGCCACUGAAGCCGUCGUCGUUGUCAACCCCAUGGAGGUCGUCAAGAUUCGUCUGCAGGCCCAGCAGCACUCGCUCGCGGACCCCGACGCGACGCCGCGCUACCGCAACGCCGCGCACGCCCUCUACACCAUCAUCCGCGAGGAGGGCUUCUCCACUCUCUACCGUGGUGUUGCUCUGACCGCGCUCCGUCAGGCCACCAACCAGGGUGUCAACUUCACCGCCUACCAGUACUUCAAGAAGUGGGCGAUGGACUUCCAGCCCGACUACGCCGCCAAGGGCGAGCUCCCCUCGUACCAGACCAUGGUCCUCGGUCUCGUCUCGGGUGCCAUGGGCCCCUUCUCGAACGCCCCCAUCGACACGAUCAAGACGCGUAUCCAGAAGGCGUCCAAGCAGCCCGGCGAGACCGCCUUCUCGCGCUUCCAGAAGGUCGCCGGCGACAUGUUCAAGAACGAGGGUGUCUCGGCCUUCUACAAGGGUAUCACUCCCCGUGUCAUGCGUGUCGCCCCCGGCCAGGCCAUCGUCUUCGCCGUCUACGAGCGCGUCAAGCGCAUCAUCGACACCCUCAAGACCGAGGACGUCAAGAAGGAGGACUACGAGGCGUAAGCGGCUCCCAUGCCGUCCGCGGUGCCGCGGCGCCGCGACCGUCUCACCUCCAUUUGUAGAACACGCCGCGGCGACCCCGCCGUCGUCGCAGUGUGCGAGCAAGAAAAACAACCGCCUAGAGUGCAUGCUUGGUCCAGGGCCGCAUGCGGGAAUAGUAGCCCCUGCAUGCAUGUUGUACAACACCG